CUCGCCUCACACGCGACACGGUACAAGUCGAGUCAUCAUGGCCUCCCUCAUGAUGUCUGCGUUCAGCUCCAAGACGGCGGCGCCGAUGGGCCUGCCCCGCCAGGCGUCCUCCAAGCUUCCCGCGUCCUUCCCCGCGCGCCGCGCCGCGCGCAAGGUCAACACGACGACGACCGCCGCCGCGAAGAAGCUCUACUUCAACGCGGACGACGGCGCGGCGCUCAAGAAGAUGCAACGCGGCGUGGACAAGCUGGCGCACGUCGUCGGCGUGACCCUCGGCCCGAAGGGCCGCAACGUCGUCCUCGAGUCCAAGUACGGCUCGCCGAAGAUCGUGAACGACGGCGUGACGGUCGCGAAGGAGGUUGAGCUCCAGGACCCGGUCGAGAACGUCGGCGCGCGUCUCGUGCGUCAGGCGGCGCAGAAGACGAACGACCUCGCCGGCGACGGCACGACGACGGCGACGGUGCUCAGCGCGGCGAUGAUCACGGAAGGGAUGAAGAUCGUCAUGGCGGGCACGAACCCGGUGCAGCUCACCAGAGGCAUGGAGACCACGGUCAAGGAGCUCAUCGGCGUGCUCAAGGGUCUGAGCAAGGAGGUGAGCGACGAGGAGCUCGCCAGCGUCGGCGCCAUCUCCGCGGGCGGCAACAUGGAAGUCGGGACCAUGAUCUCGGACGCGAUGGAAAAGGUGGGUCGCUCGGGCGUCAUCACCCUCGAGGAAGCGCGCAGCGUGGACAACAACCUCAUCGUCGUCGAGGGGAUGCAGUUCGACCGCGGGUACGUCUCGCCGUACUUUGUGACGGACUCGGAGAGGAUGACGUGCGACUACGACAACUGCAAGCUCCUCCUCGUGGAUAAGAAGAUCAAGUCGGCGCGCGACAUGAUCACGAUCCUCGAAGAAGCCAUCAAGGUUGGAUUCCCGCUCCUCAUCAUCGCGGAGGACAUCGAGCAGGAAGCGCUCGCGACGCUCGUGGUGAACAAGCUCCGCGGUGCGCUCAAGAUUUGCGCGCUCAAGGCGCCCGGUUUCGGCGAACGCAAGUCGCAGUACCUCGAAGACAUCGCGAUCCUCACCGGCGGCACCGUCGUGAAGGACGAGCUCGGCCUGUCCCUCGACAAGGUUGGCGUCGAGGUUCUCGGAAACGCCGCGCGCGUCGAGCUCGGCAAGGAGUCGUGCACGAUCGUCGGCGACGGCUCCACGCAACUCGAGGUUGCGGCGCGCGUGAAGCAGAUCAACCGCCUCAUGGAAGCCGCGGAGGCGGAUUACGAAAAGGAGAAGCUCAACGAACGCGCCGCGAGGCUCUCCGGCGGCGUCGCGAUCAUCCAGGUCGGCGCGCAGACGGAGACGGAGCUCAAGGAGAAGAAGCUCCGCGUCGAGGACGCCCUGAACGCGACGAAGGCGGCGGUCGAGGAGGGCAUCGUCAUCGGCGGCGGCUGCACGCUUCUCAAGCUCGCCGCCGCGGUUGAGGACAUCAAAGCCGCUCUCCCGAACGAGGAACAAAAGCUCGGCGCGGACAUCAUCCGCAAGGCGCUCGCGUACCCGAUGCGUCUGAUCGCGUCCAACGCGGGUGACAACGGCUCCGUCGUCGUCGAGCGCGUCACGAACAGCAAGGACCCGGACUUUGGGUACAACGCCGCGACGGGUAAGUUUGAGGACCUCAUGGUCGGCGGGGUCAUCGACCCGACGAAGGUGAUCCGAUGCGCGCUCGAGAACUCCGUGUCCGUGGCGAAGAUCUUCCUCACCUCCGACGUCGUCGUGUGCGAGAUCCCGGAGAAGAAGGUGGCGGUGGCGGGUAACGCGAUGGACAACUCUGGGUACGGCAUGUAAAAAGAGAGUUGGCGAGGAGGUGACGUGGAGGGUGGCGGCGGUUGAGGAAGGACCGCGCGGAGACGAUGUGGAGGCGACGAGAUGAAGAGAGGCGUUUAGCUGUUUGUGUAGCGGGUGCUGGCUACGCACUGACCCGAUCGAUAUUCUUUGAUAAUACUGAACACGAGACGGGUGCGAC